CAAGCAAACCCGCCCAGGCAACCUUUCUUUCCACUUACAACCUACUCAUAUCUGCCUGAUCGCGUCCAGCUCUGCAUCUAGACUACGAAAUCGUCUUCUCUUUUUCCUUUCCUCUUCGCGGCGCCAUUUGACGACUUCCUUCCCCUUCCGCUCUGACUCAGACAAAGGGCGCUACGUUCCUUCCCUUCCCCAGUUGCGAGGAGGUCCUCCCCGCUUCCCCCACGACAAGUCGCCCCCGAACCAACAUUCUAUCCACCCACCACCACGACGGCCACGACGGCCUCGCCGAUUCCCUCUGCCGACCGCGUACUUGACCCGAGAUCCUCGGAUCAUGUCAACAGCCAAGAUGGCGCCCGCUGUCCAGAUGCCCCCGGUCCCUAACCGUGAGGACAUUGGAGCCACAUGGAAGUACUUGGAAGCCGGCAUUCAACGCAUCAUGCUGGAUCUUGAGCGUGGUAUCGACAUGCAGAUCUACAUGGGAGUCUACACUGCCGUUCACAACUUCUGUACCUCCCAAAAAGCCGUCGGGCUGUCGGUUCCUCAAGGAAGCAUUGGGUCCGGUAACCACAGGGGAGCUCACCUUCUCGGAGAGGAGCUAUACAACAAGCUCAUCGACUAUCUUAAGCUACACCUCGGAGGACUCGUCCAGCAGUCCAAGACGCACACCGACGAGGCGUUGCUGACAUUCUACAUCAAGGAGUGGAACCGAUACACGAUUGCCGCCAAGUACAUCCAUCACCUCUUUCGCUAUCUUAACCGCCACUGGGUCAAGCGCGAGAUGGAUGAGGGGAAAAAGAACAUAUACGACGUAUACACGCUCCAUCUUGUGCAAUGGCGCCGGGUGCUUUUCGAGCAGGUUUCGACCAAGGUCAUGGAAGCCGUCUUGAAGCUGGUCGAGAAGCAGCGCAAUGGCGAGACCAUCGAAUAUGGCCAGAUUAAGCAGGUUGUCGACUCCUUUGUCUCUCUUGGACUGGACGAUACCGAUCCCACCAAGUCGACGCUUGACGUCUACCGCUUCCACUUCGAGCGCCCUUUCCUGGCCGCCACCAAGGAGUACUACCAGAACGAAUCCAAACAGUUCGUUGCCGAAAACAGCGUUGUCGAAUACAUGAAGAAGGCGGAGACACGGUUGGAGGAAGAGGAGGAGCGAGUGCGCAUGUACCUGCACGCUGAUAUUAUCAAUCCGUUGCGUAAGACGUGCAACCAAGCCCUCAUCGCUGACCACUCGACAUUGCUCAGGGACGAGUUCCAGGUGCUUUUGGACAAUGACCGAGAAGAGGACAUGGCCAGGAUGUACAAGCUUCUCUCACGAAUUCCAGAGGGUUUGGAUCCUCUGAGACAGCGAUUCGAGACGCAUGUCCGCAAGGCUGGCUUGAGCGCCGUGGAGAAGGUGGCGUCGGAUGCCGAGAAGCUGGAACCUAAGGUCUACGUCGAUGCACUAUUGGAAAUUCACUCUCAGUACUCUGGAUUGGUGACUCGCGCGUUCGAGGGCGAGGCCGAGUUCACGCGGUCUUUGGACAACGCCUGCCGCGAGUUCAUCAACAGAAACGAGGUCUGCAAGUCAGGCUCCAAUAAGUCACCGGAACUUCUGGCCAAAUACACCGACGUGCUGCUGAGAAAGAGCGGCAGCGGUAUCGAGGAGGGCGAGUUGGAGAACACCCUGACGCAGAUCAUGACCGUCUUCAAGUAUAUUGAGGACAAGGACGUCUUCCAGAAGUUCUACUCCCGCAUGCUCGCUCGUCGCCUGGUGCACAGCAACUCUUCGUCGGACGACGCGGAAACCAGCAUGAUCAGCAAGCUCAAGGAGGCGUGCGGUUUCGAGUACACGAAUAAGCUACAGAGAAUGUUCCAGGACAUGCAGACCUCCAAGGACCUGAACGUCAGUUUCAAGGAGCAUGUCACCGGUCUUGGUAUCAACAAGAACGCUCUCGACUCCCAGUACUCCAUCCUGGGCACUGGCUUUUGGCCCCUGACUGCGCCAAACACCAGCUUCACCCCUCCAGCUGAGAUCAACGAAGACUGCGAGCGAUUUACUCGGUUCUACAAGAACAGGCACGAGGGCCGCAAGCUGACAUGGCUGUGGCAACUGUGCAAGGGUGAGGUUAAGGCGGGCUACUGCAAGAACAGCAAGACGCCCUAUACCUUCCAGGUGUCCGCCUAUCAAAUGGCCAUUCUACUCAUGUUCAACGACAAGGACAAGCACAGCUACGAGGACAUCUCGGGCGUGACUUUGCUGAGCUCAGAGGUUCUAGACCAGGCACUGGCCAUCUUGCUGAAGGCCAAGGUUCUCAUCGUGUCGCCUGAUGGGAAGCCUGAAGCCGGCAAGAGCUUUCGGCUCAACUACGAUUUCAAGAGCAAGAAGAUCAGAGUCAAUCUGAACAUCGGUGGCGCUAAGGAGGCGAAGCAGGAAGAGGUGGAGACCAACAAGACGAUCGAGGAGGACCGCAAGCUUCUGCUGCAGUCUGCCAUCGUGCGCAUCAUGAAGGCGAGAAAGAAGAUGAAGCACACUCAGCUCGUCAGCGAGACUAUCAACCAGAUUCGAUCGCGCUUCGUGCCGAAGGUCUCGGAUAUCAAGAAGUGCAUAGAGAUUCUCCUCGACAAGGAGUACUUGGAGAGACUCGAGGAUGACGAGCUUGGCUAUCUAGCGUAAUUGGAAGCGAGCUUUCCUCUCGAGAGGAAGAAAUACCCUCUUGCCUCCCUCGAGUGUUUAUGUAUUACAACACCCUCAAAACCGCACACACAAUCCACCUCCAAUCUUACCAGACAUCGACUUGACUUACACGGGCACACAAUAGGCGUGUGCGGGUUCUUCGACAACAGGACGGAGGAACACUGAUGAACGAACGGUGUUUAUUUGCUUUGGGACCGGGGUGAUUGGUAGGCGGACAGGGUUAGAUAGCUGCAUGCUGAUUCAUCUUGACUGUUAAAGGGCGUGUGCUUGCACAUUUCAGGUCGUGAGGGAAGCGGAGUUGGGUGGCAUCUUUGAGUGAGCCCCUCAUGGACGUCGUUUUUCUCAACGCAUGUACGCUCGAAUAGGGCACAGAGACCCUGGUCAUCACGAUCAAUCAACGGAGCUUCAUCUUUCCG